GCAAACAACAAACGAUCACAAGCAACACACAACAACAACAACACCACCCCUUGUCUAAUUAUUACCAUGGCCUCCGUUCAGUGCUACAAAACCUGCGAAGAAAGCUGCCAACAGAAAAGCCAGCACAGUUCAUUGGGGCAGAAAGUAUCUGAAUUGUUCAAAGGGCAUCAUAAUCAGCAACCCAAAACCCAGACCCAAUGCUGUAGCCAAACCGAGGUGCUGUCCCAAUCAGGGCAUUUAACCGCCAUAACUCAAACUCAAUGCUGCCAAACAGAGACCACUCACACCAAUGGCACCCCAACUAAAAGCCAAGGGAGAAGAACUAAAAGGGAGCACAAGAGAAAUCUUUUCCAGAAGAUGAAGGAUGGUUUAUCGGGUCAUAGCAGUGACAGCAGCAGUGACAGUGAAAGCGACAAUGAAAAUUGCCAAAAGAGGAAGGACUGAAAUUAAGGAGCAGCUGUACCAAUAAUAAAUGGAAUUCGAGGAUCAGAAUUCACAACUCACAGGCCAAUGUAAUGUUUGGUGUUUGCUUCCUACUAUAAACAAACAAGAAUGGCAAAAAAAAAAAAAAAAAAAAAAACUAAUUAAUAGUACCUUAAUAAUAAAAGUCAAUGUAUUUUGAUGAAAAUAAACCAAUGUACUUCGCUUAUGGUGCAACUCUGAGAUUGAGACCUAUCAAUAAAUAACAAAUGCUUGUACUAUGAUAAAAAAUCGUUCUUCCUAUUAUGAAUAAAAUUGU